AUGAAAAGCCUCAUUCCGGCCCUGAUCGGGUCCCUUUUUGGACUGUUCAUGCAUCAUGCCGUCUUCAUCAACGGCGAGUGGCAUGUCCAAGCACCGGACAUUCUGAUCUGUCACCUCGCUUGCUUUUUGACAUUGGCCGUUUGUGUUGAUGGUGCAAAGUACAUGGUCUGUGGAUACAUUGCCACAAUGCUCACGAGUAUGCUCGUCUAUCGAAUCUAUUUCCAUCGUUUGAGUCAUUUUCCGGGCCCUCGCUUCGCUCGCAUCAGCAAACUGUGGCAUGCAUGGCAUUCUCGCCACCGCCAGAACUACCGGCUCUUGGCCAGCUUGAAUCACCAGUAUGGAGACUUUGUUAGAACAGGUCCAAGCGAGCUCACAGUGUAUCAUCCGGAUGUAUUCAUGGCAAUUGAUGGACCCCAAGGAAAUUGCGUCAAGUCCGAAUGGUACGAUCUACUUCAUCCAAAGCAGUCCCUCGUUACUGCACGAAACAAAGAAUCUCAUGGACAGCGCCGUCGGCAGUGGAAUCGCGGCUUCACUCCCCAAGCCCUCGAUCAGUAUCAAGAUCGCGUUCUCCCUCUCAUCGAUCAGCUGGAGCAAUGCAUUGACCAAGAUAUUGCAACUAAACAGGUGACUGAAGUGACGGAUUUAAUCUACUGGCUCGGUUUUGAUCGUAUGGGAGACUUUGUCUUCAACAAAACGUUUGAUAUGCUGUCGCGUCAAGAGUGGCAUCAUAUUAUCAUGCUGAUGCAGCGAGCUCUGUCUCUUCUCGGUCCACUGAGUCCUGUGCCUUGGUUCAUUCACAUUGCAUUCAAGACUUUUCCCCGGUUGUGGAUCCUAAAAGACUGGUUUCGCAUGGUAGCCUGGUGCGAGGAACAGAUGCUUCAACGACUGGAGGCUCCACGGGAUCAAGCCUCCCGGUCCCCCGAUGUCGCUCAUUAUCUCCUUCAAGAUGUUCGAGAUGACCCCCGCCGCUUCCCAUGGCUCACCGGCGACAGUAUUCUUGCUAUUGUUGCUGGCAGUGAGCCCACGGCUGCGGUUCUUAUCGGUCUGUUUUGCGAGAUUGCCAGAGUUCCACAACAUGCAGAAGUUAUCUUGAAGGAAAUCAGCACUAUUGAUGUCGAAGACUCACGGAUCUUGGCCUCGAGCUGCCCUCAUCUCGAGGCAUCGAUUCUCGAAGCGCUCAGACUUUACCCGGCCUUGCCCACGGGUGGUAAUCGAAAGACAUUGAAGAAUGGCGUCACAAUUGGGGGAACAUACAUUCCUCCAGAGACAACUAUCGUCGCCCCCCGAUUCUGUAUCUCUCGACGCGAGGAUAGCUUCGAGGACGCGGAGAAGUUCGUCCCCGAGCGCUGGUACAAAUGGCCCGACAUGGUCCGCAAUAAAUCAGGCUUUGUGCCUUUCGGACUCGGUCACCACAGCUGCCUCGGACGUGCACUAGCCAUGAACGACAUGCGGCUGAUCACCGCCAAGCUCAUCCAAAAGUACCGUUUCACUUUUCCCCCUGGUGACGACGGCAGUGCCGUGCUGGAUGAUCUGAAAGAUCAAUUCACUUCGAACCCCGGUCGCCUGCGGCUGGUUUUUCAACUGCGCGAUGAUUAA